CCCUUGCUCAUGAUCAAAAUAACCUGCCAAGAACGAGAUGAUUGACCAAAGAGCUCGAACUUGGCUGCCAAAGUUUGUAGUUGGGUUCAUUUCGCUGCAAGAUCAAUCCCGCAGCCCACAUCCUCUACAAGACAUCGCGAUACGCUUCAUACUGCUCGUGGGUUUUGUCUGAUUCUAGAACCAUGAUGACCCCAAUUCUACGCGCACGGGCUCCCAGACGCCUACGAGUUUUGACGCAGCGCAGCUUCUCAAGCUCCACGGUGUUACGAAGGAUCAACAAAAUCUGUGCCUCAGAAACCGAUGCCAUACAAAAAGUGAAGAGCGGCUCGACUGUCUUGGUCGGAGGCUUUGGCUUCUCUGGCGUUCCAGAGUCACUCAUUGAAGCUGUUGCCGCCCGCAAGGAUCUCAAAGAUCUCACGGUUGUGUCAAAUAAUGCUGGAAUGCCGGGUGUUGGACUCGGCCAACUGUUGGAAACCCGACAGAUCAGCAAAAUGAUAGCCUCCUAUAUCGGAGAGAACAAAGUCUUUGAGAAGAUGUAUCUGAGUGGACAUCUUAGUCUCGAGUUGAUACCGCAGGGAACCAUGGCAGAGAGGUGCGCUUCUGGAGCAGCUGGUAUACCGGCAUUCUAUACUCCAGCUGCCUAUGGUACCGUUGUGCAGACAGGUGAAUUACCCGUCCGUUAUAACAGAGACGGCUCAGUAGCGCUCAUGUCGCGACCACGAGAAACGCGCGAGUUUCACGGCAAGAAAUACAUCCUCGAAGAAGCCAUAUUCGCCGAUGUCGCUUUAGUCAAAGUCCACAAAGCUGAUAGACUUGGCAACUGUACAUUUCGGAAAGCUCAGAACAACUUCAACGAGGCCAUGGCGAAGAACGCAAAGUUGACUGUCGUUGAGGCUGACGAGAUUGUUGAAGUUGGAAAAUUGGACCCUGAGAGUGUUCAUAUUCAGGGGAUCUAUGUCGAUGUUAUUAUUCAGAGUACGAGGCCGAAGAAGAUUGAGAAAUUGACGUUUGCCCAAGAUAGUCAGGCUGGAGGCAAAGUUACAGAUGCCAACCAAAGACGAGAGCGCAUCAUCAAGCGAGCCUCCAAAGAGUUGAAAGACGGCAUGUACGUCAACCUCGGAAUCGGUAUGCCACUCGCAACACCAGGCAUGCUUCCAGAAGACCUAGAAGUUAUUCUGCAAUCUGAAAAUGGCAUACUGGGUAUGGGCCGCUAUCCAAACCCUGGGGAAGAAGAUCCAGAUCUCAUCAAUCCCGGCAAAGAAACCGUGACGCUGAAUCCCGGGGCCUCGACGUUCGGGAGUCAUGAGAGCUUCGGUAUGAUUAGGGCUGGAAAGAUUGACUUGACUAUGCUUGGUGCGCUGCAAGUCAGUCAAUAUGGAGACUUGGCCAAUUUUAUGCUGCCUGGAAAGGUGAAAGGAAUCGGAGGCGCUAUGGACCUUGUUGCGAGCCCAGAGAAGACCAAGGUCAUAAUCACCAUGGAACAUGUUGAUCGCAAUGGAAACCCCAAGAUCUUGGAAGAAUGCACAUUCCCGCUCACCGGUCCUCGAUGUGUAUCUAAAAUUAUCACUGACUUGGCGGUAUUCGACUGUACACCUCAAGGUCUGGUGCUCAGGGAGCUAGCUGAUGAGGUUGAGAUGGACGAGCUGAAGAACAAGACUGGUGCGGCGUUCAGCAUCGCUGAUGACUUGAUACCUUACCAGACUUAGCUAUUGAAAAAAUAAUUAGCCUAUCAUUCUUGAAUAUAUCAUAACUUCACUGAUUGCG